AUGGCAGCGCCCGCCGACGUGGCGCUCCUUGCCUCCUCACCACCACGCGCAGCAGCCCAGCAUGGCAGCGUCAAGCUCAGCAAAGACAUCCGCAGCGCUCAUCGCCGCGCUUGCGCGCUUCUCGACCUGCGAGCGCAGGUCUCUGAUGCGCUGGUGAAGCUCAAGCACCCGACGGGCGGCCUGCUCGCUGGCAUCGAGAUGUGGUCGCCGCGCCACGUCGACGGCGACGCGCGAGUGUGCGGACCAGCCUUCACGGUCAAGAUGGUCUCGCAGGCGGACAAGGACGCGCCGAAGCCGGCGCAGCACUUUGUCGAUGCCGCUGAGCCGGACAGCGUCAUGGUCGUCAGUGCCCCACCGGAGACCCGCUCGGCUGUGUGGGGCGGCCUGAUGUCUGCACGGGCACAGGCCAUCGGCGUCAAGGGCGUCGUGCUCGACGGGCGCUGCCGCGACUUGUCCGAGCAUCGGGAAGCAGGCUUUGCCGUCUUUGCGCGCGGCCACUCGACCGUCGGGCAGUCGCCGUUCACGCGCCCGUCCGAGCUGCAGGUGCCCAUCACGAUCCGCGACGCCACUUUGCCUGCCGAUGCAGCCUUUGGCAGCACCGUCGUGAACCCGCAUGACCUCGUGCUCGCCGACGUCGACGGCGUCGUCGUUGUGCCGCCAAGCAUGGCCGAGGACGUGUUGCGCCUGGCGCAGGAGGGGCGCGACGUCGAUGCCAAGUGCAUGGAGGACCUCAAGGCGGGCUGCGGCGUCAAGGAGACGUUCGCCAAAUGGCGGGGCAAGUGAGGCACGCGCAGACGGGACACGGGUGACGCAUCGCAUUGAUCACAAGAACAGACUGUCGUCGCGAAGCGCCGAGUCAGCAGGCGCCCGGACGCCCUCGAGCGGGGCACAUUCACUCACCUCUUCUCCCUCAGCGCGCGCCAGCCAAAGGCGUCCCAGUCGCGCCGCUGCAGCCACAUCUCGCCGACGCUCUCGAGGCGUGCAAGCACCGCCAUGCCCUUCCAUGCGAGCAGGCGCGGGUCCAUGUCGCGCGGCGGCGGGAUGACCGAGGCCGAGAUGCUCGACUCGGCGUCCUUGCCGAGCACGCUCUGCGACCAGGCGGCGAGGUGGACGUUGAGCCUGCAGGAGGGGGUCAGCGCGCUGCUCAAACCGUGCCGGACGGCUGCUGCACUCCGCGUGGGGUCACCCUCACUCACCGUGCCUCGAGCACGCUGCCCAAGCCGGGCAGCUGCGCCGUGCCGCCGAUGCAGAUGAUAUUGUUGGACAUGCGCUU